AUGGCCCUUUCCCCUUCCUCACUCGAGGCUUCCACUUCACGGCAGCAGCCACCGCGACAGGCUGGCCUCACUACAUCGAGCAAGACGCUUGUGGAGACUCGCUCGGGGAGGUCACCCUGGUAUGGCCUUGAUGGCUUGCCCUCGGAAGCCUACGUCAUUGGUGUGGCAGGAGGCAGCGCGAGCGGUAAGACGAGUGUUGCCAAUCGCGUCCUGGCAAAACUCAAUGUGCCUACUGUGGCUGUUGUAAGCCAGGACAGCUUCUACAAGCCCUUGAAUCCAGAGCAGAGCAAAAUGGCCUUCAGUAACAACUGGAACUUCGACUGCGAAGCCGCAUUCGACCAAGACCUCCUCAAGCAAUGCAUCAUCGACCUCAAGAACUGCAAGGCAGUCGAAGUACCCGUCUAUUCUUUCGCGCAGCAUCAGCGAGUAGACGAGACAAAAUACCUCUACGGGGCGUCGGUCGUAAUCAUCGAAGGCUUGUUUGUGCUUAGCGACCCGGAGCUGCGCAAGUUGCUCGAUCUCAAGAUCUAUGUUCAGGCGGAUAGCGAUUUGAUGUUGGCGAGAAGGAUCACCAGAGAUACAAAGGAGAGAGGCAGAGAUGUGCAUGGCAUUAUCGAGCAUUACUUGCGAUGGGUCAAGCCGGCCAUGGACAAUAGCAUACAGCCUACCGCCAAGUGGGCCGACCUCAUCGUUCCAGGUCAGAGCAACGACGUGGCCGUCGAUGUCGUCGCCCAGCACGUGAAGCGCCAACUUGACGCAAGAGCGAAUCGACUACGCUCCGAGCUGAGCAAGACGCCUAUGACGCCCGCAGCAAGGGGCGCUGCCUCUACCUCGGCUUCGUACGAGACGCUCCAAUCUGCCCUCAUUUCACGUCACUUUACGGGCCUUUCGCGAACCCCUUCAACGUCUUCCCUCUCAGACAGCUCAGCCGACAUAUCCAACAAUCUCACCCAAGCAAUCCUCCCAGCAUCCGUCCAUCUCCUCCCACCAACUCCACAACUGCUGGGCUUGCUCACUAUCAUGCACGACGCCACGACGUCGGCCGCCGACUUUGUCUUCUACACCGACCGCGUCUGCCAAAUCCUCAUGGAGGCCGCUUCGAGUCACUUGCCCUAUCGUGAGAAGAGUGUCGUCUGCGGAGGUACGGGGAGGACAUGGAAGGGCAAGGUGCUGGAUACGGACAAUGUUUGCACCAUUACCAUUCAAAGGUCAGGUUCCGUGCUGGAGAAUGCAGCAAGACGAUCCAUCCCAGCUCUUGUCCAGGGGUCUUUGCUCAUCCAAUCGACGCAAGAGGACGGCGAGCCUCAACUGUACGAUGUUCGCUUGCCGGACUCACUACGCCGUCGCUCGUCGGCUACAUCUUCUCAUGUCCUUCUCUUGGACGCCCAGAUCGGUACAGGCGCGGCGGCCUUCAUGGCCAUCAGAGUCAUGCUGGACCACUGCGUGCCGCAGGAGAAUAUUGUCUUCGUCAGCAUAUUGGCAAGCGCAAAGGGAGGGAUCUGGGCCCUUGCGAGGGCAUUCCCACGCGUCAAGAUUGUCCUGGCGGGGGUGGAUGGUGGGUUGAGGAAGUGUAGGAUCGAGUACCCACGGCGUGGUCAUGAGCUUGAGGAUGCCACGAGGCGAUUGCAAGGUCGAGCUGGGACUGGCCCGAGGCGUCUACUCAGUGAUGACGAGGACGACGACGACGACGACGAGGACGAGGACCAGGAGUAUGACGAGCGGGAACAAGAAGUGUCUCGCAGCAGGACAAAGACGAUCUGGGCCAUCACGCCAGGGAUGGGUUCGAUUGGCGAUCGAUACUAUAGAACAUGA